CUGUCCGUAUGACUAAUGAACUUCAACGAUUACAAUUUUGCAUCCAGAACUAUCGAGACGAUCUAUUUCGAACGCAUUACCUUGCUAACGUCACGCAUUCUCAAUAUAUAAACGAUUCCCGCCCGAAAACUAACAGUACAGACAUUACUGUGACAGAAAUCGGACCAAAAUGUCUCUCCUACCUUAUCUCUUCGACUACGACCAUCCUCGUUGGCCAAGACGCCUUCUCGACCAAAACUUCGGCUUAGCACUCUCACCAGAAGACGUCACAUCGGCUGCAACUUUGAGCUCACCAUUAAUUUCGCGCCUAAAACCAUGGUGGCCCGACGCGGGAUCUUCAAUCAAAAGUGAAAAGGACAAAUUCCAAAUCAACGUAGAUGUACAGCAUUUCUCUCCAGAUGAGAUCACAGUCAAAACAGCAGACGGCUACAUCAUCAUUGAAGGCAAACAUGAAGAGAAGAAAGAUGAACACGGAUUCGUUUCAAGACAGUUUUCGAGAAGAUUCAAGCUACCUGAAGAUAUAAAUGUGGAUGCGGUGCAGUCCAGACUUUCUUCUGAUGGGGUUUUGACAGUGGUAGCUCCUAAACAAACGGACGUUGCCAAGGGUGAGAGAUUAGUUCCUAUCACACCAACGGGGCCUAUCAGACAAGUAGUGGAUGAAGCCUCUAAGGAUGUUAUCAAGAGCUAAUUUAUAAUUUAAGACUGGUUGAUUUUAAGUACCUAUAUUAUAGCAAUAAAUUGUAUUUAUUUGUUCAAAAA